AUGACUCCUCGUCGUUCCUCUCGGGCUCGCACCUCCCAGCCCUCUCCUGCCCUCCAACAACACACCAACUCUUCCUCCAGCUCCUCAAAUUCUCUUACUCGAGAGAGAAGCACUCGAUCAAAUCAUAAAAAUCCUUCUCCUAACGAAUCGACCGGCCACCGCUCUCAGUCCAUCGAUGAUGCUGAAGGUGGCUCGAAAGACCUUCCACAUACGCGGCAGCGCCAGCGCGCUCACGACGACGACGAUGAUCCACCCCGUGAAGAAGACGAGGAUGACCUAGAUGAUGAGGAGGAGGAAGUGACUCGAUGUCUCUGCGGUCAGCAGGAAUAUCCAGGCUUGCCUUCUUCUCGUCGCGAGGCCCUCGGUCGCGGCACCAUCAAGCUGGAGUCGGGACAAGUCCCCACUGAUCCAUCCGAUCCUCUGUCAGAUGAGAUUGGGAGCAUGUUCAUCCAGUGCGACUUGUGUAAAGUCUGGCAACACGGUGGUUGUGUUGGAAUUAUGGACGAGGCAACGAGUCCUGACGAAUAUUUCUGCGAGGAGUGCCGGAAGGAUUUGCACAAAAUCAAAGACGAACCUCAUGGACAACGCUCCUCUACCUACCUUCCUGUUGCACCAGAACCAACGCCGCCGCCACCUCCACCACCACCACCUCCUCCUCCUCCAGCAGCCCCAACCCCAGCCCCAGCGCCGGUCGCAGCCCCGGCCCCAGCGGUGCCUGAAGUACCUGAGGUGCCAGUGGUGCCAUCCGUCCCAGUCGCCCCGGCGGUUGCCCCGUCCCCCGGCCCAUCCUCUCGUGCCUCCUCGAGAGAUAUCUCACGGCGCUCCAGGGAUCCCAAGUCCCGGAACAGCGAGAGUGCCGCCGCGCACGCCAAGCGGCGAUCAACAAUGAACAGCCGCGAUGCUGCUUACGACGAAGAAGAAUUGAUCCGACGCGCAAUUGAGGAGAGCAAGGCCGAGACCAAAAGCAAUGUAGAUGAGACAGACACACAUCUAGGCAAGCGAAGUCGAAGUGACAGUGUGACGAACAGAGAACGAGCAAAACGUCCACGAACUACUUCACCGUCACCCAGCGCCGUCUCGAGGCAUAGCAAUAUACCAUCUCACCCGCCUUCUGAUGAUGAGACGAAACCAAAACCUGCAGUCAACGGAACUCGCAGACAGAGAGCUACGUCUCGAGGCCAGCUCGAGAAAGAGCCUGGGAACGAACCCGAUGAGGGCGAGGCAGAGGCUCCUGAAGCGGCGAAUCGUCGGAAAGAACGAUCAAACCGGCGCAAAGGAGAUGAAUCCGAGCCCGAAAUCGGUUCCCCAACCAAGACAGCACCGCCAGAGCCUGAACCGUCCCAAGCAAGCCCUAACACCCCUACUCCCCAAGAUCCCACACCUGUUCGUCCGUCAACCCGCAAGUCCGGUCGACCUCCCGCUCGUCGCGGUCGUGUUGGACGAAACCAAUAUACAAAAGACCGGGACACCAACGGGAAUGGAGAUUCCGGGUAUAUGGCGAACUCGCCGCGCCGCGGCCAAUCCCACGAAAUUGGCGGAGACUCCCCUCGAGUUGGCUACAGCGGCGUCAACGGAGCAAACAUGAAUGGUGGGGAGUCAGGACGGCCAAGCAAGCCGCGCCACAUGCACCCACAGCGAACAACGAUGAACGAGAUGAAGCGCCGAGUAGCAGCCAUCCUGGAGUUCAUCUCGCGCAUGCAAGUGGAGAUGGCUGUUGCCGGCGAGAACUCCUCCACGCCUACGGGCAACGACGACCGGGCCCAGGGCCUACUCUUGAAGAGCAUGGUCGAUCAGAUCGACAACGCCAUGCCAUCCACAGGCAGCGAUGGCGGCGAGUCCGGCCCCGCAACCACAGACGGCGGCUACGGCGAGUCAUCGACGAACCAUGAAAGGGAUUUCAAGGAGCUCAGCAGCGUCGAGAUGAUGGACGUGCUCACCCGCCAUCUGCUCAAGUGGCAGCAGGAAUACGGCAAGUUUGGAGAACGGUAG